AAAAACUCAUUGUUAAGUUUCUUCUUUCCUUCUCUUCCCUUCAACUCAACCUAAGUGACGACUGCGUUUUCAGCACCCAAAAGCUCUGUAACCCCUCUCUCAACAAUGGUUCUUCUACAGCUAGAUCCGUUUCUCAAUGAGCUCACCAGCAUGUUCGAGCGCAGCACUGAGAAGGGCUCUGUUUGGGUUACUCUUAAACGAUCAUCCUUGAAAUCUAAAGGGCAGAGGAAUAAAUUGGCGACUGCUGGUGAAGCAAUUGAGUACAGAUGCCUUAUACGUGCCACUGAUGGGAAAAAGACAAUUUCUACUUCAGUUGGACCAAAGGAUCACCAGCGCUUUCAAGCUUCUUAUGCAACUAUACUAAAGGCCCACAUGACUGCUUUAAAGAAGAGAGAAAGGAAGGACAAGAAGAAGUCUGCAGAGGCCGAUAAAAGAGAAGGGAGUUCCAAGAGGCCUAAGAAGUCUUAAAGUAAUCUGCUUUUGCUGCCUGAUCUCCUGCACAAACUUCGUUUUCUACCUACUUUAUUUUCAUCUGAAGGAUGCUUGGCCCCUCGUUUUUUUUUUGUCAUUGGCGAAGUGAGAAAUGAAGGGAAAGGGGGGAAAAAAGAAGACAGAAAGAAUAGUUACAGAAUUCUUGCAUUUUAAAGCAAGAUUUAGGCAUGUAAUUUAUCACUUACAUGCCUUUCUUUAGAUAAAUGUUCAUUGAAGUGGCGAUUUGUGAAUUUUUUUUGUCAGGUCCCUUGGAAGUUAUAAAUUGAUUUCUUAGGAUAUUAUUGUUUUCCCCAGUUUAAUAUUGCACGGUUAAACUCAUCUUGAGUUAAUCUCUUGGCCCCCAAAUUCUAACUGAAUCAUGAUUCCGUUUGUUAAAGUGAGAUUGUUU